AUGAUCCCAAUAAUAAAUCCAGUUACUAAUGGAGCUACUAAUCAAGCAUCAAGAUUAACGCAUGAUUUAAGUAGAACUAUCAUACCUGAUGCGACCACGACGGUUCCUGCCAUUGGAACGACAACAAGUUCUACUGGCCUACACACAUCUAGUAUCAAUAUGCAGCUCGCACCUCUUGUCAGUGGAACUACAACUAGUUCUGCUGGCCUACAUACAUCUAGUACCAAUAUACCUAGUACAAAUAUGCAGUCCGUACCUUUUGCGCCUAACGCUUGGUUACGUGAUGGAUCACCGAUUCAAGUUAAAGUUCCUCAUGCCAAAUACCGUACCACAACUUUUGCUACACCUAUGAUGACUAAUGAGCGGUCAGUCAGUAUUAAAAAACGAGUUCAUGGAGGUAUGCCACCAGAUCCAGACCCGGAUGAAGGAAUCGAAUAUUAA